AUGAGUUUCGCUAUCGAGGUGCCUGGCGAGGCGAGCCCUCUCGGCUUCCAGGAGCUGUGCAGGACCCUACAGCUUGCGUCCACGUCCCCGGAUCACACACAGCGCCAGUCUGCUGGCCAGCAGCUCUCGUCGUGGGAGCAGACACAGAUCGACUACUAUCCGUUAUUACAGCUCGUCUUUCUGGACAAGUCUCUCCCGCGAGAGAUCCGACUGCUGGCAAUAAUUCAACUAAAGAACGGAAUUGAUAAACAUUGGCGGCACCACACUAUACAAAAUUCGAUCCAACCCGCCCAAAAAGAUGCCAUACGGUCAAACUUGUACCGUGGUAGCAUAGGAGAGGAGGAUAAGCAAUUGGCUCUGCACAAUGCUUUUGUGGUCGCGAAAGUCACUAGGACCGAUUUCCCCCAAGCAUGGCCCGAAGCCAUGCCCAACCUGGUCUCUCUACUGCGCGAAACCAAAGAUGAGCCUUUCAAGCUAUCAGGCGCCUUGGUUAUUUUAUUCAGGGUGGUGAAGGAGCUCGGCACGGCGCGGCUGCGCAAGUCGCAAACGGCUUUGCAAUCUGUCACCCCGGAACUGGUGUACCUGUUGGGAGAAAUAUACACCAGCAGUACAGCGUCGUGGAACUCGUCUCUAGCCAGCGGCCAAGGAGAUGCAGUGGCCAUCGAACAGGACAUGAACAAUAGUCUUACGGCCUUCAAGACCCUUCGACGACUCCUGAUCACUGGAUACGAGCAUCCUCACAAAGACAGUGCAGUGCAGCAAGCUUGGAGCUUGUCACAAGUACAAUUUGGACAAUUCAUCGGAUACGCAAGCCAAGAAUCCUCGAUCCCAGCAUCUCUUCUAGAAAUCGUCGGAAAGCACAUGAUGCAGUUCACGAAACUCCAUGUUGACAUGGCAACGACUCAUCCCGCAAGUUUCGCUUCACUGCCCCAUAGUAUGGAUCUCGUGAGGUCAUAUUGGGGUAUGGUGGUCAAGUUUGCUGAAAUUUAUCCCAAGUCGGGCGGCUUGCGCCGUGGAGCAGCCGACGAGGGUGGUCACAAGUUCGGUACAGAGGGUCAAUGGUUGGAAAAAAUUGCUCUCAAAGGUCUAUUAUUGUGUCGAGCUUGCAUCAAGAUGAUCAAUCAGCCACAGCUGACUUUCAAGUAUCGCACCAAAGAAGACCGAGCUGAGCAAGACGCUUUGUUACAGCAUGCCAAGGAUGAUCUAUUGAAGGACGAUUUCAUCGUGCAGAUGGCCAAUGUCAUUAUAUCCAACUUUCUCGUGUUUCGCGAGGCAGAUCUUCAAGCUUGGGAAGAAGACCCAGAAGAGUGGGAACAAGACGAAGAGAGCGGCGGAACUGCUUGGGAAUGGGAGGUGCGGCCUUGCGCAGAGCAAGUCCUUCGCCUCCUCCUCGUCAGCUACAAGCACCUUCUUGCCGAGCCACUGCUUGCCUAUUUCGCAACGGCAAGGAAUCCACAGGCCGACAUCAUGUCCAAAGAAUCCGUCUAUACUGCUUUGGGUAUCGCAGCAGAUUACCUGGAGAAACAAUUUGACUUUGAUGAGUUCUUGAGGACCACUCUCGUGGCUGAUAUACAGCAGCAAGGGCCCCUCUGCAAAGUUCUGCGACGUCGGAUUAGUAUUCUGAUCAGCGAAUGGGUGGCGGUGAGCGUGGCCAAAGAGAGUUAUCCCCUAAUCUACGAGAUCUUCCGACACUUUCUCGAUUCCAACGACCAAACCAAUGACAUUGUUGUCCGCAUUACGGGUGCGCGACAAUUCAAGGACGUUGCUAGUCAGUUCAUCUUUGAUGGAGAGACCUUUACUCCGUAUGCGGAGGGGAUCCUUGUUCAACUGAUCCAGCUUUUGCAAGAGAUUAGCGUUGAUGAGACGAAACUGGCGAUCCUCGACACCACCAAAGUCAUCAUUGAACGAAUGGAGACUCAUGUCAACCCCUUUGCCGAGUUCAUAGUUUCCUCUCUCCCAGCUGUAUGGAAUGCUGAUGGUGACAUGGGAUAUAUGCUGAAAUCAGCUGCCCUCACGAUCCUCCAGGCUCUCGUCAUGUCCAUGGGCAGAGAAUCACAACGAUUUCACCCUGUCAUCAUACCUCUAAUUGCCGAUGUUGUCCGAGAAGAUUCACAAGUCUUCAUGUACCUCAUCGACGAGUGUCUUGAGCUCUGGAUUAAUAUACUCUACCAGAGCUCCUCUCCCAUCUCGACAGAACUUACUAGUCUUGUUGAGCCAGCACUAAGACUGCUAAAUGAACAGACUGAACGCAAUCCCAUGUACAUCACCAUUGCUGGCAGCUACAUUUUGCUGGCGCCGCAGGUCCUGCUUGAGGAGCGUUGGAGACGACCACUCCUGAUGGGCCUCACCCAGACCCUACAGCAGAAAUCGACACGUGAGGAGCAGAGAUCUGCUACUCGAUACAUUGGAUACCUCCUUCGCUACGCUCAAGAGUAUGGUCAGAUUGAUGGUGUUAAAAUCAUAGUCCAGGACUUGAUGGCUUCUGGUUUCCUGAAAGAAGUGUUUGAGGGCAUCCACGAUGCUUACAGUGCUCGCCAGACUUCAGGGCCGAAAAGGAGGACACCCAAAGUCAACAAUCUGACGCUCACCGACUACUUCAACAUUUUGUCACGCAUAGCUGUCGCUGAUCCUUCGGUUUUGGUUGAAAUACUUGCCGCCUUUGGGUCACUCGAUCAGGUGUGGCCGUGGCUGAGUGACGAGUGGUUUGGCAAUUUCGACUGUAUCUCGGACGACAUGGGACGUAAACUCAACCUUUUGGGCCUCACACGCCUGAUGGAACUAGGACAACCCAUGCAGGAUCUCAUUCUUGCCAAGUUGCAAGACUAUUUCUCCAUGUGGAUCAGUGUCAUUGCUGCCAUUCUCGGCGAAGAAGAUCCUACGAUUGAUCUUUUGAUUCUGACGUCUAGUCUCGAAGCAACCGAGUGGGAUACGCACAAGGAUCUUCGUGAGAGAGCUUUGACAGAGAGUGAUCCUGUCCGCCAAGUCCACUCACUGAACUUUGUCAAAGAGACUCUGUCCAGCUUGGUCCAAAGAGUUGGAGGAGAACAGGCCUUCCGGGACAACUACGCAGCCAAUGUCGACUCUGACGUGCUGCAGAGCUUUGAGCGGCUUGGAAAGCCUUUACAGAAUAGUAUGUAG